CGCACCAUGCAAGGCCAUACCCACGACGUGUUAUCUGUUUCCUUCUCUCCGGAUGGCUCGCAAAUCGCCUCGGGAUCCGGGGACAACACCAUCCGAAUUUGGAACGCGCACACUGGAAAGGAAAUCCGCGAGCCUUUACGGGGGCACACGUACUGGGUCCGAUCGGUGUCAUUUUCCCCCGAUGGAAAGCGCCUUGCCUCGGCCUCAGGUGACGGCACCGUGCGACUGUGGGACGUGGAGACAGGGCAGCGGAUCGGGCAGCCGCUCCAAGGGCAUACGCGCUCGGUUUUCUGUGUCGCAUUCUCACCCGACGGCAACCGCAUCGUCUCGGGCUCACACGACGCAACGCUCCGACUCUGGGACGCGCACACGGGACAGGCCAUCGGCGAGCCUUUAUGGGGCCACUCUAACUAUGUUUCGAGCGUCGCCUUUUCACCGGAUGGGAAGCACAUCGCCUCUGGGUCCGGAGACCACACAAUUCGACUCUGGGACGCAGAGACAGGCCAGCCAGUCGGGGACCCGCUGCAAGGCCACGAUUCCUCCGUUUGGUCAGUCGCAUAUUCCCCCGAUGGCGCGCGCAUCGUCUCGGGCUCCGACGACAUGACGAUCCGGAUCUGGGACGCUCAGACAAGACAGACGGUGCUGGGGCCAUUGCAAGGGCACGAAAACGAGGUCACCUCCGUGGCAUUCUCGCCGGAUGGCAAGUACGUCGUCUCCGGCUCCUACGACCGCAGGAUCCGGAUAUGGGACGCGCAGACGGGACAGACCGUG